UGUACCUUCUGCGUGAGUCAGUUCACCAUGUAAACAAAAGUAGUUGACACACUGAAACUAGCUAACGUUAGCUACUAAGGCGCAAAACAUGCAAAUAACUUUAAUGUCGUGCUUAUUGCACUUGCGACCACUUAUAAUAAGUUUGUGUAACGUUAGUAAACCACGCAAUUUAACUGGCGUUGUGGAUGCUUAUUUUGGUUAUUAGCGAGUAACGUUAAUGCUGCCACAGAGGUUGCUAGGUUAGUUAACUUAGCUGGAAGCUAACUUUGAUAACGUUUAAGUUAUUUCAGUUAACUACAGGGCUUGUAAACCACUGCCAGUAUCACUUCCAACCACAUGGAGGCUUCUUUGGGAUCUCCUGACCUAAGCUCUGUCCUGUCAUCAUGUGAGCCAGAACUUCAGGAGCUAAUGAGACAGAUCGACAUUAUGAUCAAUCAUCAGAAGAAGGAGUGGGAGGCUGAGAUUCACGCCAAGGAGCUCAGACUGAAAAGUGGGGAAGAGGAGCUGUUGACAUCCAGGAAUCUCAUUGAACGGAGGGACUUGGAGAUCGGAUUGCUCAGCAAGCAGGUGGAAGACGUCCAGCACGGCAGACAAGAAGUAGUUACAAAGUACGAGCAGCAACUGCAGAAAGUCCGGGAAGAGUUGGAUAAAUUAAAGAGAAGCUAUCUCAAGCUUCAGCGGAAACAUCUCAAGGAGACAAGUGGAGGAACAAAGACUAAAGAGACAAAUAGUUCAGAAGUGAUCCAACUCAAUGAAAAGAUUGAGGAAUAUCAGCAGCGCUCUGCAGAGUGGCAGCAGCAGCACAUCCAGUACCAGAAACAACUAACAUCACUGGAGGCCCAAAACAAGAACUUGACUGAUGAGCUCACACACAUGAAAUCCCAGUGGACACUGUGGCAAAAGGAGAGGCAGCACAGGGAGUGCUGUGUAGAGGUUCAACAUCUGCGCACACAGCUGGACAAGGCUCAGGGCAGCCUGCACUCACAGGAGCUGGAACUAGAACGACUCCGACCGCUGGAGGUGUGGCUGGGACAGAACCAGAGGGAGCAGCAGGGCAGCAGAACGAUCCUCUCAGAGGAAAGGGAGGAACCCCACGCCACACCCGACUCCCAGGAUGCAUCUCGAAGAACCAGUCACGAAUGCCAGAGACUUUGUAAUGAAGCUGCCAGACUCAACCAAUCACUGCAGGCUAAAGAUCAAGUCAUCCGCUCUCUGGAGGACUGUCUGGCAGCUCAGGGCUGUGCUGGAGUGGAAACCCUCCGACAAGAUCUGGAGAAGACUGCCACCAAGCUUUACUGUGCCGAAGCAUGUGAGGCUCAUCUCAAGACUGAGCUGGCAUGUCUCAAAGAGAGACUGGAGAAGUCGAGUCGACAGAAAACAGAAUAUGAUUCCUCUGUUGCUGAAAUGAAAAAGCUCAGAGAAGAGCUUCAGAGGGCCAGGCAGACUCACAGUGGGGAGGUGGAGGGAAUGAGGAAGGAGGUGUCAAAGCUGACCUCUGAGCUGCACCAACGGGACGUCGCCAUCGCCGCACUGAAAGCAUCCGCGUCCAGCGUGAAGCAGCCGCUCCGUGGUGAGGCGGAGAAAGCAGAACAGAAGGCAGCUGAGCAUAAAAGGGGAGAUUCCUCAGUGCUCGGCGAUGCCAUGACGGUCCAGGACAGCAAUGCAGAUAACAGACAUCACAAAGGCAGGGAGGAGGUACUGGAGAACGGCACUCGCUACGAAGGGGAGAUCCAGGACCUCUUCAAACAGCUGCACACUCUGUCCCAAUCCUCUGGACAGCAGUCCUGUAGCCAGACCCAAGACAGCAGGCCUCAUUCAUCAGCAUCCUCCUCCUCCUCCAGUACGAGACUCACAAGGAGAAACUCGCUACCAACUGACUCUGCUGCUGAGGGACAAAGCUCCAGCUCUGAAGACUCUCUGGCCUUAGUGUCCAGAGAAAAAAUCAUCCCCUCUCCCUCGACAAUGGAGACUCUGUUGGCGUCACCUGCAGACGGCAUGGUGUCCCGUUUCCUGGAGGAAGAGAGCUUUCUGGCCAAGGAGCUGGUCCACAAACUGGACUCCCACAUCCAGGGUAUGACAGACAGCAACACCAAGAUACUGUCCAAGUACCUUCCAAGCAGCUGAGGGCCAGUAUGGUUAGUGAUGAGCAAGGUGGGAUAAAUCUGAAAACAAGUGCCUUGCACAGCAGUGCUGAAGACUACAUUCUUGUACAUUAUUCGAUCAUACGUAGUGUAGGGUUACAUUUUGGUGUGUGCAUCAUCGACUGGACUUUAGAGACAUCUUUUCUUACUUUUACAGUUUGCACAAUGAAGUUCCGUAUGGCAACACAGAGCUUUGAGUUUUCCCAAGUGUUCAUAAUAACUGUUAAAAGGAGAGUAAGUGAAUUUGUAAUUCAAAAUUCCCAGUGAGCUAUCAGGCUGCACAGUGCUGUGGCCUCACACAACCUGGCCCGCUCCAUCCCCACAGUGAGGCCGUGUUGUAUGAGGUUGCACAUAUGACUUAGCAGUAGUCUUGCAUAGCCGACUAGCUUAUGUGGCCUCUGACAUUUUUCUCAUUCUGUUUAUCAUGUAUUUAUUUAUCUGUAGCGGCAGUUUUCAUGUCUUUUCCAGAGAGGUUUGAGUACAAAGGCUGUCUGAUUAAAUGCUUUGCAUCCCCACACAUCUUUGCAGUGCUGCAAAGAUGACCGCUCACAAACAUUUCCUUUGCCUUCAUAAGAAGUAACCAGGACUCAAUAGUCUGUAUUUUUUAGUCCAAAAGACAAAGGAAACACAAGAUCAUUUUUACCAUGACUUCAACCUGUUCAAAUGUUUCAUUAUUUUUUAUUUUUUUAUUAAACUUUAUUUUUUUCCAACUUUUGUGCAAACAGAAUACAGACAGUACCGCAGCAAUAAAUAUUUACUCCAAUGUAGUAUACAAUUGUGAAAAAACAUCAACAACAUGGAAUUGCAUAAGAUACAUCCAAGUUACACAGGUACAAUAUACUAUACUUUAUAGCUUCCUAGUUAAGCUUAUUAAUAAUGGAAAAAAUACAGAAAAACAAAAUAAACUGACGAAAAUAUACUCAAAAAUCAAUCAAACAAACAAAUUUAAGUCGGGGUACGAGCAGGCAAUCGGAGACUGUAACUGUAUUCUCAUUGUUUUCCCUCAAAUGUUUCAUUAUUGACCUUAUUUCCCAGCCCCAUGAUACCUUGCAGGAAUUAUGGGUGCAACUUCUGGCUGGAGUGGAAGCAGCGUCUUCCACGGAAACAUAACAGUGAACUAAUCCCCUUUCAUAGAUCGAUUGGGAAAUAAAAACAUGUGGAAACACCACUUGCUUCACCUCAAAUGGGAUAAUGUGAUCAUACCUCUGCGUUCUACUGUUGAGGGACGUGAGAAUGACCUGAAUAAGUGGCCAUCUUUAACGUACACUAGCACAAUUAGCUAUUUUAUUGGCUCUGUUCUUACAGACUGGAGAACAAUGGUGGUCAGUAGACUGACAGUUUGGAGAAACAGACAUGAGGACUAAAAUGUAUUUCAGUAAUUUCUAAAAAGUCUGGUAUGCAGCUGGUUUUGAUACCCAUGCUCUCUUCAAAGCCACCAGACUGUUUUACCUCACAGAACAUAGGAUAUGCUGCUCUACCACUGCUGUAGUAACUAAGUUAAUUUUCUUAGUUCCAAAACCUUUUAAAAUAACAAAGUCACAUUCACAAAAACAAACUAACUGAUCGAGGCAGCUGUAGACCAGCAACUCCUGUGUUCUGCAAUGUAAAUUUACUGUUUCGGUCAAAGGAGUCUGGUGGCUUUUGCUUUUUGUGUGUAGAUGGAUAUUACAGCUUCAGAUUCCACAUUUUAAGGUGGGUCUUUUUCAAGGUGGCUUAAAUACUUUUUGGUCCUGCCUGCGGUUGCAACCAAUUGGCUUAAUGAGACUACAGAUGUUGCUGGGGGACAUUAAACGAACGUGAUGUUGAAGUCAUACAACUGUGGUGUGGUUUUACUUCUGGUGAUUGCAUUAUAGCUUCAAAACUCAUAAAAGUCUUGUUCUUUGGUAAAGAUUAUCUCACUGAACAAAACUUUUGUCUGCGGCGGAACUAAUUUUCUGCAGUAAUCCAAAAUCCAAUAGAAAAAUCCCAUUGGCCUUAUGUCGAGGGAACCAAAUAGAUGCACUCCAUCAUAAGACCAUGGAGGAAAUGCUUUUAACUGACUGAAAUGGCCUUAAGAAAUGAUCAUCGGGUCAUAUUUAUGGGACCUCACAUAACUGACUUUUGCAUGCUGAAUUCCACCUGGAUUACUUAUGGAGUCCUUUUGCACUUUUCCUCUCGUGGGACCCUGCAUAUUCCAAUUUUUCACUCUGCCUGGAAUGCAGCAUUAAUACUUUGCAUUUACAUCCAGAGAAAAGAAUGUUGCUGCAAGCCAAAAGAGUGUCCAUCCUCCCUACACGCCUGUCAUAACUGAGAAAAUACCACAUAUGUACAUGUCCGUCCAGACGUCCCAGACAGUAGGGAGGGAGAGGAGCCCGCUCAUACUGUAGCCCUCCUCAUUUCCCUCAGUUACCCCCACCACCAGCACCACCAGCACCAGCACCACCCACCCUGCAGAGGCCCUCUGGCUAGUCAAGUGCAGGAAUGUGUGCACCAUGCCAAUGCUGUCAUGAACCUUCCCCUGCGGCCUGCUUUGUCCUCAUCAUUAGAAAGCGGAUGGAAUGUUAAUAUCAACCAUGUGGGGCGUUCAACCUCACAAACACUGCAAGGCUGGAGGGGGGGGGGGGUAUAUUUUACUGC